GGGGGCGGGGCGAGCGCGCUUGUGAGGUUGAUUGACCAGGGGUGUGCGCAGGAGGCAUGCGGCGGCGCGGCGGCGGUGGCGCAGCGUAGGUGUCAUGAGGAACAUGGCGGCGUCCAGGGGAGACUGAGGGCUCGGAGCAAGUGGUGAGAAGUUUCCGGACAGCCGCACCGUGCGGCUUGGGGAUUCCUUCGCCCUAUUCCUGAUCUCCGGUUUCACGCACACACCCACCCAGGCCCUCCUGCGUGAUGUGGCGGAUCUGCCUCCGGUUGAGGGCGCAGAGGCGCCUUCUCUUGAACCGGCCUCCGGUUGACCCCACCUUCUCAAUGUGGUCGUGGCCAGCCUUCCAGCCCCCAGCCCGGGCCUAUGGCCCACCGACAGAAAGGAAGAGGUUUUAUCAGAAUGUCAGCAUCUCACAGGGUGAAGGUGGCUUUGAGAUAAACCUGGACCACAGGAAGCUGAAAACUCCACAAGCCAAGCUUUUUACUGUUCCCAGUGAGGCUCUGGCCAUUGCAGUGGCCACCGAAUGGGACUCUCAGCAGGAUACCAUCAAGUUCUACACCAUGCACCUGACCACAUUGUGCAACACAUCCUUGGACAACCCAACCCAGCGAAACAAGGAUCAGCUGAUCCGGGCAGUUGUGAAGUUUCUAGACACCGACACCAUCUGCUACAGGGUGGAAGAGCCAGAGACAUUAGUGGAACUUCAGAAGAACGAGUGGGAUCCAAUCAUAGAAUGGGCUGAGGAAAGAUAUGGGGUGGAGAUCGGCUCCUCCACCAGCAUAAUGGGACCCAGCAUCCCUGCCCAGACUCGGGAGGUGUUCACCAGCCAUCUGGCCUCUUACAACAUGUGGGCCCUACAAGGGAUCGAGUUUGUAGUAGCCCAGCUCAAGUCCAUGGUGCUGACCUUGGGCCUGAUUGACCUGCACCUGACCGUGGAGCAGGCUGUGCUGCUGUCACGCCUGGAGGAGGAGUACCAGAUCCAGAAAUGGGGCAACAUUGAAUGGGCCCAUGACUAUGAACUGCAGGAGCUGCGGGCCCGCACUGCAGCUGGCACCCUCUUUGUACACCUCUGCUUGGAAAGUACUACAGUUAAGCACAAGCUCCUGCAAGAGUGAGGCCUGGCUUGUACAGCCACUGCUUCCUUGAUCUGGGCUUCCCUGUUGUGGGAUCCCUAGACCUGUGAAGCUCCUUGGGCCUGCAGUAUGGGACUCCUCCAGCCUGUGUCUGUGGGGCUCCUCAGGCUGUAUCUGUGGGGCUUUGCCAGUCUGUACCUGUGAGUAUCCUCUGACUUUGUGGCUUGGCCUUAUUCAGUACCACCCUGAGAGGACCUGGAGACACAGUGCAUCUGCCUUGAGGUCAGACUGAUUCCAGGUGCCCUUGGCCUGGCCAAUAGUGAGGAGAUGAGUGGCAUGAGGGACUUUGUCUUAACCCCAGUUUUAUUAAAUAUUUUUUCAUCCCA